AUGUUCAAGCUUGUGAUGCUCUGCGCCGUUCUGGGACUGGCUCUGGCCAGCCCACUGUCGCCUCAUGCCCUGGAACAUGUUGCCGGCCGCUCUGAGGAUGUCCACGCCGAUGUCGUCGCCCGACAUGAUGACGUUCGCGCCGAUGGUUUCGAUUCCAGCCUGCAGACCUCCAACGGCAUCCAGCAGUCGGCCAGCGGUGAUGUCCAUGGCAACAUCCACGGUAGCUUCGCCUGGAUCUCGCCCGAGGGCGAGCAUGUGGACAUCAAGUACGUGGCCGACGAGAACGGUUACCAGCCAUCGGGAGCCUGGAUCCCCACUCCCCCACCAAUCCCGGAGGCCAUCGCUCGCGCCGUUGCCUGGCUGGAGUCGCAUCCCCCGGCACCCGAGUACCACCACUAA